AUGUCAACAAUUGUCAGAUUCCUUUUCUCCUCCUGCUACUUCGUUUUUGGUGGCGAUUUUUACAUGCAAAUACUUGGCUCUCCUAUGGGGUCUGAUCUCAGUCAACCCAUUGCUGAGAUAAUCAUGGAUUUUCUCUUGGAUUGCAUUCUCGCAGGCAUCCCCUUUGAAAUCCCCCUAAUAAAAAGAUUUGUAGAUGACCUCUUAUGCGCAGUACCUAAGGAUCAAGUAGCCUACACCCUUGAAAGGUUUAAUGAACAGCACCAGUCCAUCCAAUUUACACUUGAAGAAGAAACUAAUGGAGGUGUUCCAUUCUUGGACACAAUGGUUAUGAGAACCCCAGAAAAUAGAAUAAUUUUGGAUUGGUACAGAAAACCAACUUCAUCGGGAAGAUACCUCAACUAUUUCUCAAACCAUUCCCACAGACAAAAAGUAAAUAUGAUAUUGGGCUUGAAGGAUCGCAUAUUGAGAGUUACCCACCCCACCCUGAAAGAAAAAAAUCUGAAAAUGCUGUUUCAGUUAAUGGUAGAGAACGGUUACCCCAAGGGCUUGUUAGCAAGGUUGAUUUUCAACACUGCUCUCACUCCAAGACCACAGAGCAUGGGUGACAACCCACACACUGUUGACAACCCAGCAUCGCUCACUUUCGCCACCAUCCCAUUGAUCAACAACAUGAGCUACGAUUUGAUCAACCUCUUGAAGACCAGCACCCUAAGGAUAGUACCAAAAAACGAAUUCAAGAUCGAAAAAUUGUUUAGCCGUAAGAAGGACAGAUUGGACGUUGGAAACAUGAUGGGCGUAGUAUAUAGUAUACCCUGUUCUGAGUGCAUGGAAGUAUACAUAGGACAAACAUCCCAACAGCUAAAAAGAAGGAUCGCCCAGCAUAAGAGCGAUAUAAAAAAUCCUAAUAAAGCGUGCGCCCUAGCUGACCACACUAGAAAUAAAAACCACCUCAUGGAUUACAUCUGCGAAGGUCCUGGAGAGUGA